AAAUCGUGUUACUUUUCUGGUGGACAUUUCUAUAAUUCACCUUUUGACACAACGAGAUGUUUCGUGGGAUUUGGAUAAGAUGGCCAUUGCUAUCAACAUUUUUAUUGGGCUCCAAUAUAUUAUUGGUAGUUGCCCAAUGUGGAUCAUCUAUACAAGACAGACAAGAAAGGCAGGAUAGGCAAGACAAAUUAGCAUUGUAUAAGAUCACUCUGAGAACUUAUUGGUCAAGGGCACGAUUUCCACGACAUUACCCUGAAUGGAAGCCACCGGCACAAUUCGGCAAACUUAUUGGUCGAACGCACGAUCCUACGUACACCCUUUACAGAUUGGGUGAAAGACUUUCAACAGGGGCGAGAUUGUACGUUGAAACUGGUAGAGCUGAUGGGUUAGAUGCCGGCGGUGAAUCACAAAAUACCCUUCACUCUUUCACGGGUCCGCCAAUACCACAGGGCGAGGGUACCAGCAUUGCCAGAGCCUUUCUAGAUGGAAAUCAUACUUUAAUAAGCAUCAUGGCAAGAAUCAAUCCAAGUCCUGAUUGGUUCGUUGGGGUUGAUUCAUUUCAACUUUGCGUUGAAGGCAAUUGGGUUGACACUGUCACCGUUGAGCUCGACCCUUUAGACGGUGGUACGGAUAACGGGUUCACAUUUACGGCUGCCAAUUGGCCUACGCAACCUCAAGGAAUCGCCUAUAGAAUCACAUCCCGUUACCCGGCACAUCCCGCGGGAAGUUUCUAUUAUCCGAAUCUACCUCGACUACCACCAAUAGCAACCCUUACAUUCACCAAGUUACGUGAAUACACUCUGACAGAAACCUAUCACGAAGACGACGUCGAGGUCGAGUUCGUAAGCAAUGACAAUCUACAAUCUAGCAAUCCAACCCCAAGAGGAAUCGAUCCUAACAGAGAUCUAAACGAGGCCAUUGCUGAGGAACGGAGGGAAAUGGACACUCAAAGAUACAGAUAUUGGACGACAACGAGUAACGGACAACAACAAUCAGUCACGGAUAUUCCACGUGAUGGUAAAACUGCAAUAAUCAAUAGCAUUGCAUCGUCUUAUGCAUUGCAAAGACCAAGAUUGAAUGCAACACCGACUCCUAGAACCACAGGAAAAUUGAUCGAUCAAAAUAAUAAAUAUAACAAUGAUGAAAAAUCAAAUUGGCCUUAUUAUCAAAUGUACAGGCACUCGAUGGAAGCACAAAAAGCUGAAAUUUUCAAAGACAUACAAAGAAAAAUGUCGAACACGACGAGUUUAUCGAAAUUUGGCCAGUCAUGGGUCAACAAUAAUGCAACCGAUGUUAUAUCCCAACAACGUCAGCAUAAACUUAGAAUGAAGCAUCAUAGAUUAAUGGCUAAAGGAAAACAUCUUAGAACGCGUCCACCAAGAGAUUGCAAAGUUAGCGAAUGGGGUCCAUGGAGUGCAUGCAGUCGUAGUUGCGGUGUCGGGGAAACCCAAAGAACGAGAAAAGUGACGAUAAAAUCUCGCCGUGGUGGCGCUGCUUGUCCACCAUUGAAAGAAACAAAAUGGUGCGGCAGCGUUAGUCCUUGUCCGGAAAAUAAAUCUAACCUCGAAACGUUUCAUUGGUAGUCGUCGUAAUUWUAAAGGAAUAUUACAAACAACAAAACAAAACAAUUCUACUUUUGGGUCCUAAUUUUACAUAAUUGGACGAAGAAAUAAAACAAACACUUACACAUAUACAUACAAACUAAUAAUGGCUAUAUUAUAUCGAGGAAUUUAAUUUAUUUAAUAAUAUAUAUAUUAUCUUCUCGGUUAAUAAGGAAUUUUUUCAACAUGAAAAUACUGAAGAAUAUCUGUUUAAAAAAAAAAAAAAAAUAAGAUAAGAAAGGAAAAGAUAAGAAAAA